UUUCGUCAGUACAGAAAUGGAAAACGCAGAUCGCAAGGAGACUGAUGUUUACAAUGAUUCUUCUGUAGUCUUCCCAAAACUGGAUCCUCGCCCAACACCAGCGAGUGAUUCCUUUCCUUUUCUUUUAACCAAACCAAAAAUUUUACGCAAAAAGGAUUCAGAGAUCAAGCGUUACAAGGAACUUGUGACGAAAAAAAGUAUCGACUGUGCUAAUGCUAUCUCUGGUGAACAGUUGUCCAUCGCAAGAGAGGCGCAACUCAGAAGAAAAGUUCGUGAGUUAAAAACUCAAAACAGGAAUGACAUGAAAGUUGAGAAGUUAAGGAGCAAGGAAAUUUUCUUGAACGAGACAGAGCAGCUGAGGUGGCAGAAAGACGAAGCUCUUGGGAUAGUUGAAACAAAGGAUGCAGUGAUAAGAAAAUUAAGAAUGAGAGUUAGACAAAUGGAAGUGAUUGAGAAACAAAAGGAAAAGGAUAUAAAACAGAUGAAGCUUGAAUUGGAAAUGAAGAACGUAGCUUUGAAGACUUUACUUAGAAAAUUAGUGCUAGCAAAGUUUACUAAGAAAUAAUUGAUGGCAAACUACAUUAAGCUGUUCAUGAAGCUACAGCAUUUCCGAAAUCACUUUAAGUGCUUACAAAUAGCAACAAUAGCUUGACUUAUCAUCUGAGCCAUUCAGUUUAUCAAAUAUAUAGAGGUCUUCCUUAUCUGAG